GGAGAGCCUGAGCGAUGUUCCUCGAGGCUUCGGCCUGAGAGCGUCGUGAUGUCCGCCUUCGACAAGGCCGCGUCGCGGUUGCACCCGGACGCGUGCUCCACGCUGCCACCAGCACCACAGGAGCUGCCGCGGGUCGGCGACCGCCUCGCCGUCGCGGGCCUCGUCAAGGGCUCGAGCGGCGAGGUGUUGUGCCGCGUCGCCGCCAUCCGCCGCGCCAAGGACAAGGGCGAGGCCAAGGCGGCGCGCGGCGACAAGAUCUACGAGCUCGCCGUCGACGGCGGCGACACGCGGAAGACGCGGCUCCUGCACCUCGCGUGGCGCGUCGCGGCGCGCGCGGCGCCUUCGCCGACUCCGGCGAAACCGACAAAAGCGAAGAAGCGGGCCCGCGCCGCGCCGGACUUCCUCGAGGCCCUGCGGCGCGGCGGGCGCAUCGUCGCGCCCAUGGUCGGCGGGUCGGAGCUCGCGUUCCGCCUGCUCUGCCGGCGCCACGGCGCGACGGCGGCCUACACGCCGAUGAUGGAGGCGACGCGCUUCGUCGAGGACGCGGCGUUCCGGGCGCAGUACCUGCAGACCCACGCCGAGGACCGGCCCCUCGUCGCCCACUUCUGCGGCAACGACCCGGGCGUCGUCGGCCGCGCGUGCGCGCUCGCCGCCGCGACGGGCGGCGUCGACGCCGUCGACCUCAACCUGGGCUGCCCGCAGCGCGUCGCCUUCGCGGGCCACUACGGCAGCUACCUCAUGCGCGAGGAGGACCGCGAUCUCGUGAAAAGCAUCGUCGCCGCCAUGCGGCGGAGCGUGCCGCGGGAGAUCGCCGUCUGCGUCAAGAUCCGCCUCAUGGACGACUUCCCGGCGACGCUCAAGCUCGUCGAGGAUCUGCGCGAUGCCGGCGCCCAGGUCGUCGCCAUCCACGGCCGCAAGCGCGCCACGUGGCACCGCAAGGGGCCCGGCGCGCGCGACGGCCCCGCGGACCUCGAUUCCAUCGCGCGCGUCGUCCGGGCCGUCGGCGACUCCGUCGUCGUCGUGUCCAACGGCAACGUCCGCGACCGCGGCGACGUCGACGCGGGCCUCGCGACGACGGGCGCCGCGGGCGUCAUGUCCGCCGAGGGCCUGCUCGACGACCCCGCGCUGUUCAGCGGCCCCGCGCUAUCGGACGACGCCGCCGAGGACCUGCGAAAACUGAAACUCGCGGCGGACUACCUCGACCUCGUCGACGCCCACGGCAACCCGGCGGGCUACCGGUCCGUCGCCUUCCACUGCCGCCGCGUCGCGAAGCGGCCCCUCGAGGCGUACGACGCGCUCGACGACCUGCUCGACGCGGGCGACGCGGCGGGCGCGCGGCGCGUCCUCGACCGCUGCGCGCGCUUCGCCCGCGGCGACGAGGCCUACGUCGCCGACCCGGCGCGACGCGCCAACGCCAAGUCGCGCGCCGCGAAGCGCCUCGAGACGCGCGCGGCGCGGAAGCGCUUCGAGGAGCGGAUGAUCCGCAAGGCGAAGCGCGAGGGCAAGGCCCUCGACUUCUACGUCAAGCAGGGCGCCGACGCGCCCACCAAGGCCGACCUCGACGCCUACCGGGCCAUGGCCGACGAGGCCGCGCGCCUCGCGGCCUGGAACGCGAAGCACAAGCAGCACUGCCUCACGUUCCACCUCGGCAAAUGCCCCCGCGGCGACGCCUGCGCCUUCAUCCACGACAAGAUGGACGACGACGACGUGCUGCAUGGGUAAUGGCUAUUUUAGGGAUC